UUUUUUUUCCCUGAAGAUGGAUUCAUUUCAUUCAUGCCAUAAAGGCAAAAUGUGCAUACAAGCUUGAAAGAGCCACUCUGCACCAACCCGGUGAUCAGAGAUUAAAGCCAAAAGAGAGUAUACUACCCAGUCCAUCUAACGAUAAUAAGACCUAUGACCUCCCUAUACAAUCACUACACCCAAAAACCUCCAUUGAAGACCUCCAUCGAAGCAGUUAGAGGUCUCUCAUUUCAUUGACAAAGAAUUCAAAUAACCAGGACGGGUGACCCGCUUCCACAUAGGAGUGAACGAAACCCUGUUUUGAAACACUUUGAGCAAUGAAAAAAGCCCCUCUAUUAGCUUGCCUGUUUACUACCUUCAACUCAUACUCUCCCACCUCCUUCAGUUCUUUUAAAAUCUCUGAUCCCUGGAAUAAAAAGGAUGGCCAAGCAUCUGGUCUUGUGACGGCACCAAAGAGAUCGUCAAACUCCCCUGCAAAUAUAACUUUUGUCUGGCAUUGACUUUUCAUACUUUCAACCGCCCACAACAAAAUCACAGAUUUUGCUUCUUCAUUUGAACCUAUCCCAGCAAACGAUCUCCUGCUAUGGAACAAAACCACCCCUCUCUCAUUCCUUAGGACCCACGCCCCUCCAGCAAUCUUUUUCUUUUUGUCAUAGUGGAAUGCCACAUUGCACAUCUUCCAUCCCGGUUUAGGAGGGUGCCAGUUUCGAUGGCGAGAUGAAUGAUUCGUUUUCUCCGCUUCUCUCCAUUCCUUCUCCAGGUACUAGAGAGGAAAAAAUACCAGCAUUUACUUAGCAAAUAAAUACUACUAAUAGUUAAUAAAAUAAAAUAAACUGGAACAUUUUCAAGUGUAUAUAUUGACGUGAUGUGUACACACCUGUUGUCGUCAUAACUAAGCGAUCCACUGUCCUUUUCUAACUUCAACACUUUUCUUUCUCUCUAGUACCUAUAUAAACCCUAUACGUACAUACUCUCUUCAAACACUCGCAGAGUCAAAACCCACGUAUCAAUGACCGAGUCAUACAUCUCCUCCGUCAAACAACCGUCUCCGGUGGAACAUGAAGAAACCCAUCGAACAAAUAGCAAGAAACGGGUUAGACCCGACCCGGGUUAUCGUGGCGUACGGAUGCGGACGUGGGGCAAAUGGGUCUCCGAGAUCCGUGAGCCACGCAAGAAGAGCCGAAUCUGGCUCGGCACCUUCUCCACGGCGGAGAUGGCGGCGCGUGCACACGACGCAGCUGCUCUCACCAUCAAAGGAGCCUCCGCCGUCCUCAACUUCCCGGAGCUCGCCACUUUCCUUCCUCGUCCAGCUUCCUCCUCUCCCCGCGACGUUCAAGCUGCAGCCGCAGUAGCCGCCGCCAUGGACUUCUCCUCCUCUUCUGUCGCGACCUCCGAUCCCACCACCGUCGUCCCGGAGACGCAGCUAUCUUCCUCGAGUAGCUACUCCACGUCCGCGUCGUCUUCGUCACCGUCUAGCGAAGAAGCCGCUUCGUCGACUCCUGAAGAACUGGCCGAGAUAGUCGAGUUACCGAGUCUAGAGACGAGUUACAAUGAGCUGUGGAACGAGUUCGUGUACGUUGACCCGACGUACCCACCUAGUUCGCCUUGGUAUUUUAAUAACUGUUAUAGCUUUUAUUACAACAGCGACGAAAGUGGCACUUCGAUGGCUGAACCUUUCGAGUCUUCCAAUUUUUGUCCCCUUUUUCCUUAGUUUUUUUUUUAAUUUAAUCCCACUGGUUUUAAAAUUUUAUUGUAGACCAAUUUCUAUGAGGUUUAUUAAAUUAUUCACAACAUAGUUUAAUAAUUAA